ACGCAACGGAUUCUGAAAGCAACAAUACAGUGGUACCAGCGGCAAAUCCAGUGGUCAGUCACUUUAGGCGCGUUGCAGCGGAUACAACGUAUGCUUACUGUUUGUGCCAUUCCUCGGUUGUUCUGGGUAAAACUUAGCGUUGAGUUUGAUUUAGAAUCAAUUACUUACAAUUUUAUGGAGUUGCACAUAUACAUCUCAAGAUUUCAUUAGUUUUCAAUUAAUUUAGCAAAAUUGAAGACUCAACUGUAUCGUGCUGCCUAAUCCUGCCAAACGUAGGCUGGCCUUAUUUUCCGAAAGGUCACCGCUAGCGCUGCGAUGGGAGAUAAAUCGUAUAUGGCAUGUUGUUUACUGAUUGUUGUGAUGCCUUAUAUUUGCGUCGCAACGGUGGCACCUGCUGCAGAACAACUGUCGGCAGAGGUGUUUCCCUCGGGAUCUACUACUCGGAUACCAAUGAUAGUAGACUUAUCGGUACCGAAUACACAAAAUGGAGAUCCAUCCAAAACAAAUUUGACUACAAAUAUCACUGGACUACAUUCAAAUCCCGCAUCACAAGUGGACAUUAUUUUUAAUGCUGGAGGACCGUCUUCCGCUGGGUUUAGCAUGGAAGCAAUGCGGGAAACAAUGGAAAGGAAUUUCGAAAAUAUGUUUUUGAUGAACCAGCUACGUGGCAUGGGGGGUAUGGGAGGCGGCGCCGGAAUGGGAUCAAUGGGAGGUAUGGGCGGUAUGGGUGGAGGAGGAGGUAUGGGCAUGAGCGGAAUGGGCUUUGGAGGAUUGGGAGCUAUGGCUGGAAUGCUGCCUUUCAUGAAUCUGAUGGAAGGUCGCCAGACAAACGGCGCUACAACAGGUGAAGGCUCGGGGUCACCACGAUCAGCCGCCUUCCAUGCCGGCUUCGGCAGUCCCAAUAUGAACCCUUUCGGUAUGGGAUCUAUGAUGGGCAUGGGGAUUCCUCCAAGCAUGAUGAUGCGCUCUAUGAUAGGAGCCGCCGGAAGCGGCAUGCCGGGUAUGCCGCUUGGACUGAACGCCUUAGCAGCGGCUGCAGCGAUGCCGCCUCCAGGCGCUGAACCUGUUGUCACCGGAGCAGGUGCGGGUGCUGGUGCAACCACGGUAGAACCUGCCCAUUGUCCAAAAUGGGCUAGAAUGUUUUGUGGUUCUAUGGAAUGCAGUCGGGAUGUUGAGUGGAUUCCAUUUCAUCAGUGCAGAGCGCAGAUGGGUAUACCAUUGUGCCGGUGCUUAGUAGGUCCAAGUAUUGUCAAAUGCUGCAACUUGGUGGGAUCGUAGUUUGGUGUUGUUUCUUUGUACAUUUUUAUGAUCGUCGGAUGCGUUAAAAAUUUUCUAACAGCGUGGACUAAAUAAUACAGCUAAGGUUGUCUUUUCUGUUUAUUUCGUUUCGUUAAUUUCGCUUUUCGCUCAAAUUGCAGCGGUGAGCAUCUGCAUACCUCGCAGAAUUUAGUACUGUAAGUUAAAGAAUACAACGUCAGUUUUCAGUUACCAAAUAAAUAU